UUAGUUCAACAGCUUGCAAGAACCACCAUCAUCAUGAAUCGAUUCAUCGUUUUGCUGCUGCUUUGCGCCAUUGCAGUACAACAAAUCAAUGGCCACCCGGACGCAGAUGCUAAACAUGGAGGGAAUUUGGCUUACCGUGCCAAUUAUUGCGGUGCGACUCUUUACGAGAAAGUACGUGAGACUUGCCAUGCCGUCCGUGGAGUCUCCAACCAAGAGUUUCUGGAUUCAAAGGACGCCAGCACAUUCUUGUUCGGACGUGGUAUCGAAAAGCGAGGUUUGCAUCAUGAAUGCUGCACUGAAGGAUGCAGCAUCGAGGAGAUUUAUGAAUCCUGCUAAAGGAGACACUGACCUGGCUAACGUCUUGCCCUUGGCGUAUUCAGCUUUACAACAUAUAGAGUUUUCCGUCUUAUUCCAAGAUAUGAGUAGUGGUGGUUUCUUCGCCGAAAUAAAUAUCAAGUAAAAUGGCAUUUGUUUCCUUUUAUGACAGUUCGCGAACAUUGAAUGGGCAGGUCCUAGUUUAAACCCUUUUACCUCUCAUUGCUUGGGGAAUGGAUUAUGCCCCGAAAGCCUCAGCUGUCUCAAAAUAAAAUCUUGGCCUCUUGGCUUGUAUUGCAAAAAACAUACAUUUUCGAAGUUUCGAUACAGCCAAAUCGAUCCAACCUUUCUCCUAGCUGAGAACUCAACGGGUCAACAGCGCAUUAUAAAGAUUUCUUUUAGGUCCCUCACGGUAGAAAUGAAGCAUAAUACAAGACAUAACAAGCUCACUUCUCCAAUUAAAGAACUUUCUUGCUAAGACAACUCCGUUUGUUUGAUUGUUUGUUUAUACAUCGACAGUUGCUCUUUAAUUUAUAGGAAGUGUUGUGUUCAACAAAGCAUUUUAAAAACGAAGAAUAACUCCUCCUUGCAGUGAGCGUAUGGGCUAUAUAUGAAACCCGGAUAGUGUUUUAAAGCACGAAGAGAAAUACAUUUCCGUACCACAUCCACGCUUAUGCAUUAUUUAGAAUUCUUUCGGUAAACAUCUCUUUAUUUACAUAAAAACGCCGACUACGAAGGGCCUAUUUUAAAAUUAUCUGGCCUUUCGGUUUUUCUUUUUCUUCUUGUUUCAUUUUUGCAACACGUUUUCAAUCUGCAAGCAUGAAAGAUUAAAGUUUACCUGCAAAGCAGUCAGUUUGUAAACUGCGUGAUGAUUUUAAAAAUAUGUAGGAGCUAUCUUCUGGAUGAUUCAGAACUUCGAACUGAUAUGUAAGAUAACGGUCCGAGACAUAAUUUUAGUUAAAGUGCUGAAGACUACAUAAUCUAUAUAUAACCAAAGUUUUCGAAGCAAAAGGAGUACGGGGAAAGUCCCCUACAAUGGUAAUUGAUCCAGCUAAUUAUAUAUUAUAUACAAAUCUGAUUUUUAAAGUUACAGGUCGCUGCCCUCAAUCUUUAUUCUUUGCACUGCCCAUGUCUCGCGGAGAAUAACGUACCUUUAUGACAAGACAAGUGCAUGCGUUAAGUUCUUUGUUAAAACUCCAAUUUCCUCUAUGACCCCUUUGUACCAAAUCGAGACUAGGGUCUAGAUGACUUUGCCGCCAAAGGCCUACGUGGAACAAACUUAACAUAUCUGACCGAGUAGAGGUUCUUCUUUAAGCCGACGGUGUGGAUUCAAGAACACCUUUUCUUUAGUUUCUUGGGCGCUAGGUCGUUUAUGGGGAAUUUUUUCUAAUGUCACUGUUCUUUCAUAACACUCCAUACACACCCGCUAGUAACCAUGCAUGGAAAGAAAACUUAUUGCGUAUGUACCGCGUCCUGAAACGGGUCUCUCGACCCACGGUCAUGGGUUCAAGUAUUUCUGCUCACCG